ACCACUUGUUGCUCCUCUUUUUCAGAUCAUGUCUGUGUCCACGUGCCUUCUGUGGACAUUGUUUUGUAGUACACUGGGAGGUCCGCUUCAGCGCGCGACAUGGUCGGAAGGAAUCCAUCCGGUUAAGACUAAUGAGAAUGGAGCCCCGCUGCCUGCAUUCUACCACCUGCCCAUGUUUCAGCAUGCACCACAGCCACUUGUAGCAAAAGAACUGCUUCUACCGGUUCCUCACAAGAGACCGCUUCCAGACGGACUGACCGAGCUGCUGUUACCGCCUACGAGGCAACACCAGAGUGUCCAAGAGAUGGGUGCACGCGCUGUGGAAGUCUGGUGCGGUAUCGAUCACCUCUCAGUGCGCGUGGACCGCUUCCAGCUGCGCGGUUGGACCGUUCCAUCCCUGUUCCGACUGGGUUCGUGUGAAGCCAACAAGAUCAGCCCCCGCUUCCUCUACUUCCACUCCAGACUGACGGAGUGCAGCGGAGAGUCUCAGGUUGUUGGUGGUCAGCUGGUGUAUACCUAUUGGCUUUGUUACACUCCACCUCCACAGGGCUACGUCAUCAGAGUUGUGCCACUCAGCCUUCCCAUCCAUUGCCAUUACAACAGGUUUCAUUACUCUUACCAAGUGGGCUACAGACCUCAAGUUCAGCACACAACCUUUGUGAAGAGUGUCAGGAGUAAACUCAGCUACAGCCUCACUGUCUGCAAUGCCCAGGGGGAGCCCGUCCCUCCAGGCCACUGGUUCAUUUUGGGGGAGCCAGUGUAUUUUGUGGCCCAAGCGGGAGUUCUAUUGACUGGGGAAAGACUUUAUGUGGACUCAUGCUAUGCCACAAGCUCCAAAGACCCAAACAGCAUGCCCAGAGUGGAUAUCAUUACUAACUAUGGCUGCAUGACAGACAGCAGGAGGGAGGGCAGCAGCUCCCACUUCCUGGUAGGAGGGGGUAGUGGGCUGAAGUUCUCUGUGGAUGCAUUUCUCUUCAGAGCAGCCUCACAAGUGCUGUACCUCCACUGUUCACUGUCAGUCAGUCUCACCCCUUCCUAUGUCUCAAAGUCCUGUAACUACAACAAGGCUGCUGGCAGGUGGGAGGAGCUGGAAGGCCCACCUUCAGUAUGCUCCUGCUGUGAUUCCCUGUGCACUGAUAAACAGCACUCUAUCAAGGACACAGUCAGCAGUCCAGUCUGGCGCAUUGGACAGAGGGGUGAAUACCAACCAAGGAUGAGGGCAACAUCUUUUCAAGAUGAUGAGGAAAGAGAAUUGGUGGAUCAAAAAGAGAAGGUGGAAGAAAGAAUGGAUGAGCACCAUAAAAACGUCAAGACUUUUCCAUUGGAGACAGAGAUGAGUCAUGAGGAGAAGGAUGAAGAAGCCAUUCCUAAGGAGGCUACUGAUGAAAAAGAAUGGAGGCAUAAUGCUUCAUUCACCCAGCAGGGCAAGAGAGAAAAGGAGGAGAGUAAGAUGGAAAGUGUAGAUAUGGAAAAGGCAGGCACCCAGCCAGAAGAAUUAGCAACAGAUGGCAUGAUUAUGUCGGACCAGACUAGAGCAGAGGAGGCCUGGGAGGUCACUAAUACCAACAAAGGUUCUGUGAGUGGUUCAUUCAGUGACAACAGUAGCACUAAUGCUUCAAGAGGUAGUUCUGGUACAACCACUUUUACUACAAGCAAUUUCAGUUUUGAUAUUGAUUAUGAUAAAACAAGUAAUUAUGGUUCUGCUGAGAAUGUUAUCACAUCUGUUACUCCUGUCUUUCAGCUUUGUCCUAAUAGUGAUCAAAUGAGUUGUAGUGCCACCAAUAAUAGUGCAGGACAAGGUGCCACCUAUACUGUUAUUGGUGCAGAGAGCUUUACCUCCAGUAAUGUAAGAGUUACAUCUGGUACAAGUAGAUUUGGUUCUCUUAGGAAUUCAAGAGUCCAUGAGGGUUUGCUUGGCAGUAAAUUUGAGACAAUGGCUGGGACACAUUCUGCCACCAGUGACUAUGAAAUUGACCCCCCAGGUUUUCUUGAUGUCAGCAGGCCAGAGUCAGAAAAGUUGGACACUUUCCUGUGGUCAGACCAGUUCAAGUCUGUCAGUAACUCAGUUGACACCAAGUCUGAUGAGAUCCAAGAGCUAGCAGGUGAUUCUGUUGACAAUAAAGGACCACAUGCAGAUGAUAUAAUGCUUCACAGUCUUCAGAUCAGAGGGUUAGAGUCAGAGCAGUUCGAUCAUCCAGAUGGGUUCAGGGACCCAGUCUUUGUAAACCGGUUACUUGGUGAUUCUGAUUUUGACUCUGGAAUUGAAGAAGGUGAAGCUUUUCAUCUGAGUCAGUUUACUGGAGCAGUGAAGACACAAGAAUUUUCUGAUACCAUUAGCAGACCACACGAUGUCAGUUCUGGCUCUGUUAGUUCAGAGGAAAUGCAUCUAGACCACCCCAGGCACUCUGCAUUUGUUACAGUUACUACUAUGCUGCAAGGCUCUGAGAGCAGGCAGUGGGCUGAGGUAGUAUCAGGAUGGGGCAUGCAGAGUUUAGGGUUUGUGGUGGAGCAGCCAACGGAGGAAUUGAGACAGAAAGUGAUGGAUGACUUCUAUUAAGAUCAGUGGAUUCGUUCUCUGAGGUGGUUUCCACAAAUCCCCAAAAUACUGCUGUGCAGUCUAAUCCAUUUCAGCAGACCACCAAACAAUUCUGUCUUCAAGUUUUUUUACAUUCAGUUUUUGACCGGUCACUGCUGUUAACAUGGGAGUGGACAAUAUAUGAGAAACACCUUUCACUAUAAUGCAGUUUAGCAUAACAUUAAUACAGCCUCUAAACUGAAAGUUUAACACACGUCUGAAUCAGUCUCAACAAAACAGUAAAGGAUAACCUGCUGAGCUGCUGUAUUGGAUUAUACUGGGUUUUACAGAUGUUUAAUUAUUGAUGUAUUUAGAUAUAGGUGAGUGGCUGAAAGAGAGCUUUGCAGGAGAGAAGAGUGAGGUCAAGGAGUAGUUGAAGGUCAUAGUAGGGUCAUGACCUGAAUCCACACAUGAAGCUUCAGCAGGAGGAAAUUAGACAGCUCCUGAUUAUCAGUCAAUGUCAUCUGGUUUUUAUCACAAUUGAUGAAAACAUAACAUCCAUUUCUUUCAAAUGCUGGAACUUUCCUUGGUUUUGGGAACCACAAGAGAUAUAGGAACCUUUCUAUUAAUCUUAUGUACCAUGGACAGCUUAGAGCAGUGUAACUCCCAAAUUGCUCACAUGGAACAUGGAGUACUUGAACUAAAAACCUGGACCAGGGGCAAACUUCCAGGCAAACCUCACUGGUUCUG